AUGACGGUUCGCUUCAAGUGUCGGAGUGAAUACCAGAAGAGCUACAGGGUUUCCCGCUCCAGGAGUGUGUCUCCUCAGCGCUGCGCCCCAUUGGCCGGCCUCCGCUCCGACCAGAUGAGAAUCUGCAGAGAUCCAGGUCUGCAGCGGCGGAAGAGACCUGAUCCUGGAGGUCUCACUCAGUCCUGGACUUCUCUGCCCUGUGCGUCAGGCUUACAGCGCCCCCUAGCUGCUCCGACUGCUCACACUCACAGUAAAAUUUCUUCUUCAGCCUCUCUGAGUCGCUCAGCCCACAGGAAGGAUCCUUCCCCAAAACCUCCAACACCUCGUGAAGCUCCAGCAGGACCAGAACCUCCAAUUCACUAUCGUCCUACACCGGCUCCACUCAAAUAUUCUGUCUCCUCAGCAAAGCUCCACCCCUCGCAGCUCCACAGCCAAUCACAGGCCAGCCACCCCUUGUCAGCAGCACCUGAUGGACGGCAGCUCUCAGCCAAUGAGGUUGAACAAGCUCUGCACUCGAGGGCGGGGCUAAGGUCAGCAGGUCAAAGGUCCCCCCCCCCUUCCAUGCAGAUGCUGUAUUCCAGCAGCAGGUCUAUCCCCCCAUUUAAGAGAAACCCAGUCUCCAUGGAAACCGAGUAUCAGCAAAACUUCCAGGGUGUGGCCCCUCCCACUGGACCCCCCCUUCUGAAACAUCUGGAACAUCAGCGAAUCCCACUGUUCCACACGUACACGAGCAACAAAAAGAGGAGGGAGGAGUCUCAGAAGAUGCUCCGCCCCAAACACAAUGACCCCACCUCUCAAGAAGAUGACAUCAGAACUCCUCCUCCUCAGGUGCAGAGAGGUCACAGAACGUUGACAGAGUAUGAGUCCAGCUUUCAUUCUCCCCUCUACAGGAUCCCAGAAGAAGGCGGGGCCAUGGAUGGUGACACCCCUCAGGUGACGGAGCUGAGGCAGCGAGCGGCGUCGUACCGCAGCCGGGCCUGGGGAGCCAACUUCUGCAGAGACCACCUGAACCAGCUGCAGUCGGAACACAACGCUCUGUGGGAGCCCACGGACUCGUCCACCGACCCCCCCACCCCCCGCCUGACCUUUGAACUGGGCCAGGAGCCCGACAGCCGCAGCACUUCCUGCGUGGAGGCUCUGGACCUGGACAGUCGCUCCUGUAGUCACAGGUCGUCUGUCCUGGGCUCAAUGCUGAUCAACACGGACGAGGGGAGAUUAACAACUCCCAGGCUGAAAAUGAGACCAGUUCAGAGAACUCACCACGACCUCACCACACCUGCCACAGGAGGCGCUAUACUAGUAGGAACAGUGAAGAGCAGCGAUGAAUCGUCUCUGAACAAACAACAGGUAAACGUGGAGCAUGUGACACGUGACUGUUUUGGUUCUCAGGGGUGCGGGUCAGUCGUUUCCAUGGCAGCAGCGCUCGACAUGCAAAUCAGACAGAUGGAGGCUUGGUCGGAGAAGAGUCGCCCCCACCGCCCGUCACCUGGCCCCUCCCCUGAUCACAAAACAGCCUCUAAACCAAUCAGGACGAAGCAAACGCCUCCACCCACAGUAGCACCGCCCCUUCAGCUUCCGUCCGCGCUGCACUGCAUCCAGGGAACGCUGAGACAUCCCGACUUCCAACACAAUGGUGAAUUGGGUUCCAGGUUCAUGGAGCUGCAGAGUUCAGGAGACGAUGAAGACGACCGUCUCUCAGUGAUGUCAUGGCGUUCGGCCGCCUCGUGCUCCGCGGCGUCCGCUGUCCUGGAGCGCGCUCAGAAGAGACGAGAGAGCUUCUGGGGGAAGAGAUGA